AUGUCUGGCGUAGAUGACAAACUCGUCAGCCAACGACUUACGACUUUGAUUCAUCGAUUUUUGGACGCGGAGUUGCUGAAGAGUGCGCUUUUCUAUGCAGAGAGACUAUUUUCGAUGGAUGGAACGAAUCACGACAGUCGGCAUUUGCUCUCCAACGUGUUGUUGAAAUCGGACCAGCCGCACUCGGCGCUGCAUCUAGUGACAAGGCCACAGGACGAGCCCUGCGCCGGCUGCUUGUUCCUUGCUGCAAAGUGCAAUGAGAGGCUAUUACGGCCCAGAAAGGCAAAGGAGAAGAUGACAGAGGCGUUGGAGGUGAUGACCGGCAUUCCUGAAGGCAGCAAACCUCGGCCCGCUCAAUCCAUGCAUCUCGCCCAUGACAUUCCUGACAUCGCAAUCGUAUAUUGCAAAGCUGGCAUGUUGGCAGCAAAGGCAUCACAAAGACAAGAAGCUAUAGACAAUUUCUCCCAUGCUCUGGCGUUGGAACCCCUGAUAUGGGACGCCUGGCUAGGCCUAUGCACUCUUGGUGCUGAUAUCAAGAUUGACGAGGUGCUGAAGAUUCCUCCACAUCUCCAGAACGUACCGGCCACACUCCCGUCUGAUAACGAACCCACUCCACCGCGUCCUUUGACCUCCAAUCCCAUACUGUCAAGGAUUUCAAAGCAGUACGCUAUCGCCCCAACACCCCUCACGAAACCGGAAGCGGUCGGGAGCAGUAGAGGAUUAUUUACACCAGAGCAGAGUGGCGUCGACCAGCUGCCCUACAGGUAUCAUCUCGGAAACUUGCCAAAGCCAGACACUACGACUAUGGGAGCGCCAAGUGUUCCGCAAACACCACUGGGAGCUCUUCCAGAGCUCUACAAAUCAACAUCUAUACCGCAAUCUGGAAUUCCGAUCCCUCAACUUGGUUUGCCCAUCCAUUCCAGUGGUCAGUUUGCCGGAACGAGGCGAGGGGCAGCGGCAGUCGAUGAAGGCCCUAAUAAACGCAUCCGUACAGCUACUGGUCGCUCGAACAAAGGGAAGGAGACGGCGACGGCCCAGAAUUUGGCUCCCCAGUCGGCGACCAGAAGAAGUACAAGGCUUCUGAUGAGUAAUGGGAAACAAACACAGAUAAAGCACCCGCCGUUGAGCAAAGAUAAUCGCCGCAAGGCACGUCACAGAUCUCGGUCCGUGUCGGACGUGGAAGAUACGGCUGGGGAUGCACCGUCCCAAUCUUCCGGUUCGAUAGCCCAGUCUCCGCGUUCUGAUUCGACGGAGAACAUCCCAGGUGGAUCCAUCGUCCCACCAGAGACGAAGCAGAGGACAGCGAUAGCUGAAAGAUAUGUGUUCGACCUCAUGAAGCACUUUGCCCGGGCACAAUUUCAUCUCAGCAAGUACGAAAGUCGGACAGCCCUGGAUUGCCUGGAACGAUUACCUCGUAAUCAAUAUUUGGCACCUAGCGUUCUUAUAAUGAUUGCAAGGGCUCAUUACGAACUUGUAGAAUACGUUCAGUCCGAGAGAGCGUUCAAGGCGGCCCGAAGACUGGAUCCAUAUCGGAUAUGGGAUAUGGAAUUAUAUUCGACAUUACUAUGGCAUUUACGACGAAAUGCUCAACUCUCCUUUCUUGCACAGGAACUAUUGAGUACCAAUCCGCGGUCUCCUGAAGCUUGGAUAGCCGUAGGGAACUGCUUCUCGCUGCAAAAGGAGCAUGCCCAGGCCAUGGUGUGCUUCCAACGAGCCUCAGAGCUGGAUCCUUACUGUGCAUAUGCGUACACAUUAGGCGGUCACGAGUCGCUUGUGACAGACGAUGUCAAGAAAGCGAUCGUUCUGUUCGAACAAGCUUUAGGGCACGAUCGGCGGCACUACAACGCCUGGUACGGACUCGGGAGCUGCUACCUGAAAAUGGGGCGACUGGCUCUGGCACAGUACCACUUUGAGCGAGCGGUAGAGAUUCACCCGGCGAAUGCGGUGUUGCUUGCAUGUUUAGGCAUGGUUCACGAACGGCAAGGGCGUGUGGAGGAGGCAUUGUCGCUCUUCAAUGUGGCCCUCGAGGCGAGUCCCAAUAACCCAUUGGUGCGGUACAGACGAGCAAAGAUUAUGGUGCAGCGAGAAAACUUUGAGGCGGCCGAAGAGGACCUCGUGCGACUGUGCGAUCUUUCGCCGAGCGAACCUAAUGUGGUCCUAUUGCUCGGAAAAGUGUACCAUCUCCAAGGCAAGACGACAGAGGCCACACGGAUACUUGCGACAGCUCGGGAUCUUGAUCCUCGGAAUGCGCCCAGGAUUGCAAAGCUUGUGGACGAAGCCGCACGGAGUCGGAAUGCCGCCGCUGCUGUUGGGGGACCGUCGCUGUCGUCGACGGGCGCGGGGGAGACGAGCAUUGAUGGACCGAGCGAGAGUGUGGUGGAUGUGAGCAUGGAGGGCUGA